GGGUGAAAGACAACCGGAGGGCAAUGGCAGCUCUGGUGGGAGCACCUACGAGGCAGUGCAGGAGGAGGUGAAGAGACAACUGCGAGGGGUCGUCUCGCAAUUGGAGGCUUCAAGAAGAGAGGCACAAGAUCUACGACAGGAAGUGGAGUUCUUGCGUGCUGAGCGAGAACAAAGUGGGCCCAGCAGACAACUGGAAGAUAUGACGAUGCCCGAGGGGCCUCCAGUGACGCUGGGAGGAUAUUUGGCCAACAAGCCGGCAGAGUCAGAGAAUGGUCCUGCAGCAAGUACCUUGGUGGAGCAAGCAAGCAAGGUCUACUAUGGGUACAGGGCCAAAUAUGCAGACACAACGGGCUACCUCUACGCCGAUGGGGUUGGGUACAAAGCAGAGUCAGCAUCUGGCGGCCGCGCCGUCAGAACAGGCUCAGAUCCAAUGUCGAGGCUGUUAGAGGGCCUUGAGAAGGUUAUCAAGGGUGGGAAGCCGGAGGAGCUAAGCAAAACGGUGGACUCACCCAAGCUGCCUGAAAUUUCAGAAUCGUCGUCAGUGGACUUCGGUGAUUGGUUGUACCUCAUAGAGCAUGUGAUGAGUGACCUUUCGACUUCCAGUGCAGAGCGGUGGGCGAGAUGGAGUCGCCUGGACCGGAGGGGUGCAACCAUUCCACUGGGGGCUGCCCCGGAGGACGUCAAGAAGGAGCUGGUGGCGACGAGGAUUGAAAGCCCGGACGCAGCAGCCACAGUGCAGGAGGCUAUUGAAGGGCUUAGGCAGUGGCUGAGGCAUGACCAAAGAGCCCGUGACUUGAAGCUGUCGGUUCCUGAUCCAUCAGUCACGCUUCGCGGCAUUGACCAGCUGGUGAAGAAACCCGUUCAGGACAACCCGGAGGUCGCGUUCCGUAUGAACUUGCUCCGCUACCACCUGAAGGUUGACUUCUCCCCGACAGAGGAGACGAUCCUGGCAGUGCAUCGUGCUUUGCUGGCUGAGUUUGAGCAGAUGGGGUUCAAGAAAAAGACAAGACAAGCUCAAGAAGGUUCCCACGGCCUCCAUACCAACGUCGCCUUCGUCUACGGGAAAAACGGCCAGGACCUGAGCAAGGCUGAGCGGCGAGAUCGAUGCUAUGAGUGUGGAGCAAAGGGCCACAUGGCUAUGGCGUGUCCGACGAAGAAGGAGUCGCUUACGACCUCUACCACAACGGCAACGCCAGCGACAGCUACGGAGGCUCCAGUACAGGGUGUGCCAGUGGAGCAGUUGAUCGAGGAUGCUCAGAAGCUGAUGAAGGCUUUCAUGGAGCAGAAGACGCAACCCGUGGUACAAACGCUACGGGUGGAUGAGGCAACCUAUCAGAGGGGCUGUGAGUCACCAGCGUUGCGAGAGUUCCUAAAGCAGAACGAGGAGUUGGUUCGCAUGAACCGCAUGGGAUUGCUGGACUCAGGCGCGACUCACCCAUUGCGAGGCCGGACAGAACGGGACCAAGCUGGGGCAAUGGACAAUGUCAAUGUGACCCUGGCUGGCGAGAACCGAGUGCAGAUGACGCAAAACAAGGCUGGCACGAUUAUUGCUCACCAAGAUGCGCAGCCGAUAGUACCUUUGGGAACACUGGUCAAGGCUCUGGGGUACGAGUUUGUUUGGGAUCAUCGUGGAUGCCGACUCCGACACCCGGACAAGAAAGAGGUGCGGGUGUACACACGGUCCGCAUGUCCAGAGGUCAUGCAGUGCGAUGCGUUGCGCCUCAUAGCGGAGCUGGAGGAGGCGAAGCUUGCAGAGACGAUGAGUUCGCUGGCACAACUGAAGGCAUCAGUGAUGGCGGCGAAGGAGUACAAGGAGAGGAGCUGGAGGGACCAUGUUCAGGACUAUGUUGCCUCGGGUGUGUACGAGUCGGGGGUCAAGGCGGUGAUGUGUGCGCCAUUCAUGCACCAUGUGCCGAUGAAGGACCAGCUGCAGACGAUCGUCCCGCUGCCAAAGGACGAGGGCGAGGCUUGGCAAUGGAUGAAAAGAUUCCCGAUGAACAGAGCUAAGCGAAGGAGGCUUUGGCAAACGGGGGAAUGGACGGUUCACCUGUUCUCGGGAGCUGGAGUGAAGAACGACCCUCUGCGUGAUCUUCCAGGCCUUGUUGAGAUAGACACGAAGAAGGGAUGGGACCUCAACGAUGACAAGAUCUACGGUGUGCUGCUUUGGAUGGCAAAGGAGAAGCGUGUGAGACAUGUCGUUGGAGGACCGCCUGCUGGGACGUUUUCUCCAUGGCAUUACAAGAGAGACCCAGACGGCCGCCAGAGAGCUCUGAGGUCCACGCACGAGCCUUGGGGACUACGUGAGGGGCUUAAUCCUGAUGAGAGCUCAAAGGUCCUUAAUGAGAAUGUCAUGCUUUGCAAGAUGGUGUGGUCGUGGCUGUGCGCGGAGGCUGCGCAUGGUGACCAGGAUGAAGGAGGCCAAUACCGCGUUGGUUUCUGUAUGGAGUACCCCGAGGAUCCUCACAACUACAUGCCAGAGGGCGAACACCGCAGCUCAUGUGUCUCAGUGUGGAGAACUGAAUUCAUGAAGGAGUUCAUCAAAGAGACUAACCUCAUCAAGCACCAGUUUGAGCAGGGUGCUUUGGGACACAUGUUUCGGAGGCCUACCUGUUGUUUGAGCAAUUUGGGUCUGGGAAUACAGGGACUCAAAGACCAGAGAGCCUACGUGGCGGCGGACAACAAAGACGCAGAUCAUUCAGUUUGGCCGCAUGGUUUUCGGAUCACUUUGGCGGACGCGAUUCAUGAGUGGAAAAAUGGUGAGAGCCCCAUAGUAGUCAAGAAGGCGAUGACGAAAAAGGAGCUGGAAGAGUGGAAGACAGACAAGGGAAAGGACGAGGUCAGGGGAAAGAAAUAUCGCUUUGUGCUUGCGGCGACCUACCUUUACCCAAAGAUGCGGGAUGUACCUGAGGACGCUCCGAUCCCGAAUGAGGAGGAGGCGGAGGAGUUCUUGAGGGAGGAGGAAGAAGAAGAGCCAGAAGCACACGAACUUCCUGAAGAUCCCGAGUGUGAGGCACAGGAGGAGGAAUGGAAGAAGAAAGUCGCGGACCUACGAAAGCCAAUCGAGUUGCAGAUGCUCAGGUUCUGCAUUCCGUUGGAAAGGCACACUGGCAAAGAGAUUCUCGAGUGCAUCCAGACGUUCACGGAGGGCUUGGCGCCUACACAAAAUGCGGUGGCAGAGAGUCAUGUGAAAUGGCUCAAAGGAGUUUUGGCCUUGUGCUAUGAAGCAUGCGGCACGAAGACUGCGGGUAUCAAGUUUGGUUCCGUUGUUUGGGUGAAGUCCAAGAAGGACCGAGGGCCGUUUGACCCAAGGUGGGAACGAGGCAGGUAUAUGGGACCAGCCGACGAUGUUCGUGAAGGACAUGUGGUUCGCUUGGAUGAUGGCCUAUGGCUUCGCACCUUGCAUAUGAGGACGGUGAGGGACGACGAGAUGGAAAUGGAGGAGGAAGAGCACAUCGUGGACCUCAUCGAGCCUACGAGGCGCAUGCGAGGAAAGACCAAGUUGAGUGACCCUGAGUUGCGGGCCAUUCGCAAGCAAGAAAGGGCUGCCUUGGUGAAGGAGUUGAUGGAGUCCAAAAUUUGGAAUUCACCUCAGGAGUUAAAGCAGGGGGGUGAGUUCAAGGGGAACUACUGCUCAAUGUGGGUGAAUGAGAGGGAAGUACCGGGCCAGAAGAUGAGCGUGGAAAUCCCAGCCAAGGUUCGUCCCGAUCGCCUACAUGCACCACUUCGAGGAGAUGACGGAGAUCGAAUUGUGGUGAUAGGCUACACAGUGAGCAAAUGGGAGAAAUUACAUCAGUUUCAGUGUGAUGAUCUAGAGGAGCUGGGUUUUGUCCUACCGGAACGUGAACCAGUGGUGAAGAUGAUGAAUGCCGAUGGGAGGAGAAGGCCGCCUACGCCACCAAUUCCGGAGGAGAACUCGGGAGCCAUUGGUCCACCAACUGGGACCACAGCAGCUCCGCCGACCGGAGCUACGAACACAGUGAUGACCUCAGGGGCGAGUUUCUUGGGGCCAGGAUCGUCAAGCGAGUCGACCUUGCCAAGGCCGGUGUCAGAGGAUCACAUGGAAGUGAGCUCAGGCACUCCAGCACCUCAUACACUACAAUCUUCUUCGUCGGGGUCAAGGUCGGGGCAAAGGGAGCAUCUUCCUGAAAUGGGCGGGGAGCGCUUGGACAGCAUGGUGGUUCCAGGAGGUCGUGUGGAGCUUCGGCUAAAAUGGGCCAUCAAGUGA